GAGCAAUUCGCCGUCGACGACCUCCUUGAUUUCUCCAACGAGGACGCCGUAAUGACCGAUGGAUUCUUUGACAAUGUCGGCGCCAACUCGGCCGAUUCCUCCACCGUCACCGUGGUGGACAGCUGCAAUUCCUCCAUCUCCUGCGGCGACAACAACUUCUCCGGCAGCUUCGGGUCCCGGAGCUUCGGCGACUCCAGCUUCGCCGGCGAGCUCUGCGUUCCGUAUGAUGACUUGGCUGAGCUUGAAUGGCUGUCGAAUUUCGUGGAGGACUCGUUCUCGACUAAGCAGAACCUCCAACAGCCUCUCCACUUCAUUCCCGGAUCCAAACCGCCCACGCCCGAAUCAUCCUGCUCCGACGCCCUAGCCCGGUCCGAGCUCCGCGACCUCAAGCCUGCCGCCACCGAUGCCGAUGCCGAUGCCGGCCCCCCGAUUUUCCUCCCAGAGACGCCCCUCCCCUCCAAGUCCCGGAGCAAGAGGUCCCGUGCCGCCCCUUGCGACUGGACCACCCGCCUCCUUCACCUCUCCCCCGUCAAGCCUCCCAAGACCGCCCCGUCCUGCGUGAAGAAACGGGAGACCCCGGAUGGGAAUCCGGACUCGGUGCCCCGGAGAUGCCUCCACUGCGCGUCUGAGAAGACGCCCCAGUGGAGGACUGGCCCGAUGGGGCCGAAGACGUUGUGCAAUGCCUGCGGGGUCCGGUACAAGUCGGGCCGCCUGGUGCCCGAGUACCGGCCCGCCGCGAGCCCGACCUUCGUGUCCACGAAGCACUCGAAUUCGCACCGCAAGGUCGUCGAGCUCAGGAGGCAGAAGGAGGUCCACAGGGCGCAUCACCAGCAGCAGCAGUACUUCGGACAAGGUCCCAUCUUCGGCGUGUCGAGCGGGGCCGACGAGUUCUUGAUCAACCACUGCGGUGGACCCGCUUACCGGCAUUUGAUGUAGCUCGCGAUCUAGUAGAAAAAUAAUCUCACCUAAAGAAGGGGAACAAAAAACUCUUAGCUCGCUAGUGCUAACUCAAAUCAGUUCUUAGUUUCUGUUCAAUUUUGUUCUUUUAGAUGUAGAUUGAUGAUGAGAAGAAAAAUGGGGAAGGGGGAAAAAGAUUGUAUUUUUGCUCUUAAGGCUGAAAGUUUCUUUCCUGUUUUUGAUUUCUUGGCGAAAUUGGCAAGUUUUGGCG